ACCACCGCGUCGCCGCCAGCUCCGGCCGAUCAACCCCGAUGCUCCGCGCCGUCCUCUCCCGCUCAGCCUCCGGCCUCCGCCGGUCGCCGAUGGCCGCCCCGCUCUCCACCGCCACCGCCGGCUGGCUCUCCGAGGCCGCCUCAUCUCCGCCUAGGGUUCGCCUCCUCAUCGGCGGCGAGUUCGUCGAGUCGCGGGCCACCGAGUAUGUCGAUGUCACCAACCCCGCAACGCAGGAUGUGGUGUCUCGGAUCCCGCUCACCACCGCUGACGAGUUCAAGGCUGCCGUGGACGCUGCCAGGACUGCGUUCCCCGGGUGGCGGAACACUCCGGUGACCACGCGUCAGCGCAUCAUGUUCAAAUACCAGGAGCUCAUCCGGGCCAACAUGGAUAAGCUGGCAGAGAACAUUACAACUGAGCAGGGGAAGACACUAAAAGAUGCUUGGGGCGAUGUAUUCCGUGGGCUAGAGGUGGUGGAGCAUGCUUGUGGAAUGGGGUCACUGCAAAUGGGUGAAUAUGUAUCUAAUGUUUCUCAUGGGAUUGACACCUUCAGUAUAAGGGAGCCACUUGGUGUAUGUGCAGGGAUAUGCCCCUUCAAUUUCCCUGCUAUGAUUCCUCUAUGGAUGUUCCCCAUAGCUGUCACUUGUGGCAACACUUUUGUUCUAAAGCCGUCAGAAAAGGAUCCAGGGGCUGCUAUGAUGCUUGCGGAGCUAGCAAUGGAGGCUGGUUUACCAAAGGGGGUGUUGAACAUUGUUCAUGGUACUCAUGAUGUUGUCAACAACAUAUGUGAUGAUGAGGCCAUUAAGGCAGUAUCUUUUGUUGGUUCAAAUACAGCAGGUAUGCAUAUAUAUUCUAGAGCAUCUGCAAAAGGGAAGCGUGUUCAGUGUAACAUGGGUGCCAAGAAUCAUGCUAUCAUCCUUCCUGAUGCUGAUCGAGAUGCCACACUGAAUGCCCUUAUUGCUGCUGGUUUCGGUGCAGCCGGGCAAAGGUGUAUGGCGUUGAGCACUGCUGUUUUUGUUGGUGGUUCAGAAGCAUGGGAGGAUGAACUAGUCAAGCGUGCAAACAGCCUUGUAGUUAAUUCAGGAGCGGCUAACGAUGCAGACCUUGGUCCCGUGAUCAGCAGACAGGCCAAGGAACGAAUCUGCAAGUUAGUCCAAAGUGGCAUUGACACUGGUGCUCGUAUUGUGCUUGAUGGGAGAGAGAUCGUGGUCCCUCACUUUGAGGAUGGUAACUUUGUUGGUCCAACCAUCUUGGCUGAUGUUAAAAGUGACAUGGACUGUUACAAGGAGGAAAUUUUUGGUCCAGUUCUCCUCUUGAUGAAGGCAGAAAGCUUAGAUGAUGCCAUACAAAUUGUGAACAGAAACAAGUACGGCAAUGGGGCUUCCAUAUUUACCACAUCUGGUGUCUCUGCAAGAAAAUUCCAAUCGGACAUUGAAGCUGGCCAGGUGGGCAUCAAUGUACCUAUUCCAGUACCCCUGCCAUUCUUCUCCUUCACUGGCAGCAAAGCCUCCUUCGCAGGAGACUUGAAUUUCUAUGGCAAGGCUGGCGUGCAGUUCUUCACUCAGAUUAAGACGAUCACACAGCAGUGGAAAGAGUCGUCUCCACAGCGCGUUUCCCUCUCCAUGCCCACCUCGCAGAAGUGAGGUGACUAGAACUAACUCUCAAAUAUUCACCUCUGGAAAUAGACCCAUGCAUUGGUGUGAAAUUUGAGCUUCAAAUGUCGCCUCUAGACUCUAGUCUGUAGAUCGACUACCAUGUGUAAACUUUGGAAUAAAAACUUAAUAAAGUCGUUGUGCUGCCGUGCCGGGCUGUUGUCUCUU